AUGAUCGCCUUAUCUAUAGAGGAGUUGACACCGGAACGCAUAAGAUUCACACUCUCCAAUACAACGGUAGGAUAUGCAAAUGCACUGAGGAGAAUACUGAUUUCGGAAGUACCGACCAUUGCAAUCGACAUGGUGGAGAUAGAAAGAAACAACACAGUACUUCCAGAUGAGGUUCUUGCACACAGGCUUGGACUGAUUCCCGUGUACUCGAAAAGGGAGCUCAAGUACAAGGACGAAUGCAGCUGCUCAGGAUUCUGCUCGGAAUGCUCGGUCGUGUUUGAGAUAGAUGUGGUCCACACUGAAGACGCCUUGAGGGUUGUGAGCACAAGAGACAUUAUUUGUGAUGAGGAAGAUGUGGUAGUCAAGAGCGGACCCAUCAUUACAAAGCUAGCAAGAGACCAAGGCUUGAAAGCCCGAUGCAUUGGGCGAAAGGGGAUUGGGAGGACCCAUGCAAAAUGGUCUCCGGUAUCGGCCAUAAGCUUUGAAUAUGACAAAGAUAAUGCCAGAAGAGAGACAAACUAUUGGUUCGAGGAGUCCAUAGAAGAAGAAUGGCCUGGAGUCAAACAAGCAGAGGCCAAUCCAAUGCAGAGGGUCGACAAAAUUUAUAUGUGCGUGGAGGUUGUCGAAGGCGGAGCUGGGCCUCUUGCCAUUGUUCUGGAGGGAUUGAAGAUACUCAAGGAAAAAAUAGCAGGAUUGUCGUCUGCAAUGGAAACAAUGGAUUAA